AAAGCAUCGAUUGGACCAGUUUUUCAUAUUCCAUACCUUAAUUAUCGUUCUCUAAUUUGCCCCCUUUUUCUCCAUUCAACUUCCUAUAUAAAGCAAAGUUGCACCAAACCAACCUGAGAAAAAUAUAAAGCACAAGUAAGCAAAAGCAGCAAAAACAUCUUCCUUAGUUUUUGGAGUUUACUCUCUUGGAACUUCUGAGAGAAGCAAAUUAGAUUUAAACUUACAGUUGCACAGACUUUAUGUAUUACCAAAACCAGCACCAAGGAAAGAACAUCCUCUCAUCUUCAAGAAUGCAUAUAACUUCUGAAAGGCAUCCAUUCCUUAGAGGGAAUAGUCCAGGUGAUUCUGGACUUAUCCUAUCAACCGAUGCAAAGCCACGCCUAAAAUGGACUCCAGAUCUUCAUGAGAGAUUCAUUGAAGCAGUCAAUCAACUCGGUGGAGCAGAUAAAGCUACUCCUAAGACAAUCAUGAAAGUCAUGGGGAUUCCAGGCCUUACCUUAUACCAUCUCAAAAGUCAUCUUCAGAAAUACAGGCUGAGCAAGAAUCUCAACGGACAAGCUAACAACAGCUUCAACAAAAUAGGUAUAAUGACCAUGAUGGAAGAAAAGACUCCUGAUGCAGACGAAAUUCAAAGCGAGAAUUUAAGCAUUGGACCACAGCCAAACAAGAAUUCACCAAUAGGUGAAGCACUGCAAAUGCAAAUAGAGGUCCAAAGAAGGCUUCAUGAGCAACUUGAGGUACAGCGACAUUUGCAGCUUAGGAUAGAGGCUCAAGGGAAGUACCUGCAAUCGGUUUUGGAGAAAGCACAAGAGACUCUUGGAAGACAGAACCUCGGUGCAGCUGGGAUCGAAGCUGCCAAAGUUCAACUCUCGGAACUAGUAUCUAAAGUAUCAGCAGAGUACCCAAACUCUAGUUUCCUAGAACCAAAAGAACUUCAAAACCUAUGCUCACAACAGAUGCAAACAAACUAUCCACCUGAUUGCUCUCUUGAAAGUUGCCUGACCUCAAGCGAGGGAACGCAGAAAAACUCGAAAAUGCUAGAGAACAACAGAUUAGGACUAAGAACGUAUAUUGGUGAUUCAACAUCGGAGCAGAAAGAGAUUAUGGAAGAACCAUUGUUCCAAAGAAUGGAGCUCACAUGGACAGAAGGUCUAAGAGGGAAUCCAUAUCUUUCAACAAUGGUGAGUGAAGCAGAACAAAGAAUCUCAUAUUCAGAAAGAAGUCCAGGUAGAUUAUCAAUAGGAGUAGGAUUGCACGGACACAAAAGCCAACAUCAACAAGGCAACAAUGAGGAUCAUAAGCUUGAAACACGAAACCGGAAAGGCAUGGAUUCAACAACAGAGCUAGAUCUCAACACACAUGUUGAAAACUAUUGUACAACGCGUACGAAACAGUUCGACUUGAAUGGUUUCAGCUGGAACUGAGAAUAGAUUAACCAAAAAGUUAAAAGAGAGUUUCAAUCAUUUCUGAGUUCACACAGGAGAAGAACCCCUAUUAGGGAACUCCUCAAUCCAAGAUACAUUUUGAAUCAAGAUUCUUGAGGAUCAUGUACCAAACUAUUCAUUGUUAAUUACGUUAUAUAUACAGAGAUUAUCUAACUUGAUCGACACUCAAGAAUUUUAAACCUAAUCUUCAUGAACAGCC